AUAAGACCAGCAUCUCCAAGUUUAACUGACGCUGAGGAAGUUAAAGCAGAAACAGGAGCGAGUACCACAACAAUACAAGGCACAACUCAAGAGUCUAAUGCAGCACCACAAGAUAUUCAAAGGUCAGCUAAUACCAAAGGGGAUAACAGUGCAGUUGGUAACAGUACUCUUACCCAGCAACCAUCUCCUGCACCUGUUAAUGUGACUGUCGCACCAGACUCACAAGAAAACACUUCCACUACUCCGGCGAGUAUCGAGAACACUACCACAGAAGCACUAUCUACCACUCCAUCUCCUGUACCCAACGCAGAUAUCAACAACAACAUCACUUCCACCCUAAAAAACACGGCUAAUGCUGACAGCAGUGUCAGUCCUGUGUGGAUGCGCACUGCAGCACCGCUCUUGAUUGUGGCUCUGUUGUUCUCCGUUACCCUGUACUGA